CUGCAGAAUCCGUUGCGUCAUGCUCCUUGACGUUUUGGACUUUGUCCAUGAACAAAAUCAUUAAUUCAUGUCAUUUUACAUAAUUGAGGAAAGGUUUAGCUCUUCCUGUUUGUCACAGAUAGAUGAGAACUGCAAGAUAUGAUAAUGGGGGGAUUAUAUAAUGUCUGUUCAGCAGGGAUGUUUAGACUCAGAGCAUCAUUAGGGGUGCAGACCACAGCUCUCGUUCAGGUCCAAAAAUCAGUUGGACUCAACAUGGAGACUGCUGUAUUUAAUUUCUGGCUCCUUUUCCUGCUCUUCAGCCCAACAGUUCCCAUGUGUUUACCCACAGACUUCACCCUGUAUGUGGAGAAGCCAGAGUGUGACUAUUGUGUGGCCAUCAACACGACCAUCUGCAUGGGAUUUUGCUACUCAAGGGACAGCAACAUGAAGAGCAUACGCUUCCCUAUCCAGAGAGGCUGCACCUAUGACAGGGUGGAAUACCACAGCGCCAUACUGCCAGGCUGUCCCAUCGACUCCAACCCUGUCUUCACCUACCCUGUGGCUCUUAGCUGCCACUGUGGGGCCUGCAGGACUGACAGCGACGAGUGCACACACAGAACCAGUGCGGACAGAGUAAAGUGCAGCAAACCAGUCACACGUAUCUACCCUUUUCCUGGUCAGAGCAACUACAUGACACCUUUCUGACCCUUUUUAUUUUGUUCUCAAUCUUUCCUUUGUUGUGAAUACUGUAUCUACUGCUGUCUGCAAUGUCUCCACUGUUACGUAUUGUACCAACUGGUUUUAUUGUUCGUUUGUUGGCCAGCAUGUCUGUGCUGUUCUCAGUUUACAAAUGGGAUUCACCCUGGUGUGUAUUUCUGAUACAUCACAAUGGCAAUGUACCCUCUUGUAUACCCUGAUGUGUUUGUGUGUACUACUCAAUUAAAGGUGAAGUCUCUAAAUAGC